AUGUCCACGGUGUGGCAAUAUGUACAAGAACUUGGUCACUAUGAAUUCGCAUCUGAGGCAAGAUUGCGGCAAGGAUCUGGCUUUCACCUGUCAUGUGUGUCGCAAGAGCUUCAAAAGAAAGCAGAGGCUCAGAGAGCACAUGGCUUGUAUCCAUCAUUCCCUCUCAUACUCCAAGAAGCUGCUGAAGAGAUAGUGAAUUUGUUUCCAUCAGAGCGAAGAGACUCUUAUUUUAUCCCAUAUACCGUUGAUAAAGGUUCAACUAGAAAAUUCCCUACUAGAGGAAAAUUGUAUUCGAGAUGGGUCAAUCUGAAAAGAGCUCUGACAAGAUCUAUGACAGAUCGAGAAAGUGUUCCAAAAGAAACUCCUAUAAAAAAACUAGAAGUAAUACCAGAAAUCGAAAAAUCAAGCUAUAAUUCCCUUUUGCAAACAACUGGAGAUACAUUGGAAGAGUGUUGGACAUAUUGGAAAAGCUCAUUCAAAUUAAGGCAAAUGAAAUUGAAAGCUUUUGAGACGCCACUGGUAUAUUUCAAUACUUUCUCAGUUCUGAGGAAGCCUUUUGGUUACAAAUUGCUUAUUAGUGACUUCGAAAUGAAACACCCGAAUGCUAAACACAUCUCUCUUCACCAACUUUGGCCUUCUAUCGGCUCGAUAGUGAUCGACUUGUUGAAACACAAACCUGGCCAAGUUCCAGAUCUGGAGUCCGGUAGUAAUGCAGAUAAAAACCUGCAAUCACUGAAAUCAUUUCCAUAUUUGUUCUCCCCCUCUCAGCUCCGCAACAAAAUAUCCAACAAACUAUUCAAGAUCUCAAAAGCAGAAAUGUCGGAAAGAUUCUUCCUUCAAGUUCAGGGUUUUGGUGAUAUGGAUUCGAGAAUAGCAGAAAGGAAGGAAAAGAUCAAAGAAACUGGAUCAUCGAUUCAGCCGUUUAUGGUCGCAGUAGGCGCAUCAUCGGGUAUUCAGGCGUAUUUCGUGGUUGUUGAUGAUCAAAAAUAUUUAGUCAAUGACUGCCUGACUGCGUUGGAUGUAACCUACAAGAUUUUUCACGCCUUAGAUAUACCCUAUGCUACUGAGACCAAGGCCAUGUGGCAGACUAUAGAUUACUUGGUAUACAAAGUAACUAAUUUUCUUGAUCCUAGUGCUAGUGUUGUUGUUGGAGAAAUUGAACGUGGAAUCAAAAUGAACAUAAAAUGAACUCUGUUCGUGGUUUCACUCUCAACAAAGUGAAAAGUUCUAGAAAAGAUAUUAUUCUAUUCAUAGGAAAUGACUACAUAUAGGUAUAUCCAAAAAUACGAUGGAAAUAACAAUUUGGAUAAUACAUUUUGAUUGAUGUUUCUAUAUAAGACAUUUUAUGAAUAA